AUGGCUGACCCAAAUUGGCUCAGUGAUCCAAGCUUUAUGGAUAAUUUGGGUGAUGAUUUUUUGAAUUCCAUUUUUGAUCAAAAUCAGGGUCAAACAUCUAGCCUGAGUCAACAACCACAACCAGCAGCAUCACUGUCAGCACGACAACCACCACAACAACCACCACCACAACCGCAGCAAGCACAACUGUUUCAACAAGCACAACCACCACAAUCUCAGCAAGUGCAACUGCUUCAACAGCAAGCACAACUGCUUCAACAGCAAGCACAGCUGUUUCAACAGCAAGCACAACUGCCUCAAUCCAUGCAGUUCCCACCAUCAGCUCUGCAACCCCAGCUGCAGUCGAAUACUCCACAAAUGCGUACAGGAAGUAUUCAGCAGCAAACACUUCCUCAACAGUUUUCUGGCCAGCAACAGAUUCCACCGCAGGUGCAAGGCUCUCAGGAUCUAAGUGCAAUGUAUAUGCGUCAACCUUCGCAACAAAUCAAUGCCAAUAAACAGGAGAUGCUUUUGAAAAUGAAACAGCAGAUUCAUAGACAGAAAAUGCAAGCACAAGCACAAGCACAGGCACAAGCACAGGCACAAGCACAAGCACAGAACCAAACUCCAAGCCAAAAUCAACAAUUUCAACCUCAACUACAAUCUGACUUAUCGAGACAUGUAUCCCCUCAUGGCUCUCAAGUGCCAACACCAGGACCCAAUCAAGUAACUCCUACAAUGAGUAAUAUGGGCAACGCUGCCAAUGUGCAAGCUUUCCAACAACAUUCACAACAGCCAACGCCGCACAUACCUCAACAGAAUGUACCACCACAAGCACAACAAUUCCCCACGGCACAAAAUCAAGCUUUCCAACAACAACCGACACCUCUUCAACAGCAGGCGAUACCGCCUCAGCAACAGCAAAUUCCACAACAACAACAACAACAACAACAACAACAACAACAACAACAACAACAGCAGCAGCAGCAGCGACAACGCAUGCAGCAAAAGGCUUCGAUAAGUACCCAAAUCAGCGCGGAAACAUUUCAAGCACUUUUGUUUGAUUUCAUGAAUCGUCGUGGAACGCCCAUAAAGCAGCCCAUAAUAAUCAACAACAAACGAGUAAGCUUAUUUAUGUUCUUCUUGUUGUGUUCAAAAUUGGGUGGUCAUCAGCAAUUGAAGAGAUUCAUCAAUAUCGAUUUUCAACAACAACAACGUAAUCCGUGGGCAUUAAUUGGAAUGAAGAUGGGACUCUAUGCUGGAGCAAAUUUGCAAGAGCCAGGGGUUAAGGAAAACUUAGACCGAGAAGUUUGUACAUGUUAUACAAAUAACAUUUUACCAUAUGAAGAGUACUAUUCUACCCCAGCUGGUCAAAGAGAUCUCCUGCAAAGAAAGGCACAAUUUCAGAGUCAAAUUAUUCAAAAGUAUCAGCAACAAAUACAACAACAACAGCAACAGUUUAAUCAUCAGCUGCCACAGCUCCAGCAACAGUUCCCACAAGGUUUCUCACCUAAUGUUGGUGGUGGUGGUGCUACGCCAAUGAUGGGAGCAAGCAACCAACAAAGUCCAAAGGUGAGUAAUGCCCCUACUCCUCAACAACGGAAAAUGUCGAGGGCUAGUAAUUUGUCCAACCACAAUUCUCCACAAGUGGGCAAUUCACCUUAUGUUCAGAAUCAACAAUUUAGACAACAACAACAACAACAACAACAACAACAGCAGCCACCAUCGCAACCGCAAUCACAAGGUCAGCAAACACCGCUGCAAUUCACUUCACAACAUAAUACACCUCAAGUGCGGUCGCAACCAACCCCACAAUUUCCUCAACAACAGGUCCCUCCGCAAUUUCAACAACAGCAACAGCAGCAAUUUCCUCAACAAUUUUCACCACCACCACAACAAACUCAGGGUACGCCGCAGAUGCCGCAUCAGCUUUCAAUGCAGCAGCAACAACAACAACAACAACAGCAACAACAACAGCAACAACAACAACGUCAACAACAGCAACAAAGACAGAAACAGCUUCAACAACAGCGUCAACAAGAGCAAAGGCAACAACAGCUCCAGCUUCAGCAGCAGCAACAACAACAACAACAGCAACCAGUACCACUUGUAGGGGGACAACAACUGUUUGAGCAAAAGUCGAGGCAGCCUCUGUUUCAGCAACAACAGCAACAGCCUCAGCCUCAGCCGCAACUUUCAAGUAGACAGCCUUCACAAGCUGGUACUACACCUCAUAUCAAGAAGGAAGUCACUAAAGAGGAGGCAAACGUUUUACGAAACUAUGUUCCUUUUAAAAGAAUUCUUGAUACUCAUGGGAACCAUCAUAUGAAAGAGCUUUCAAUGCUAUCGGGUGAAAUCGAGGCGACUAAACCAAUAUAUUUGUUUGCUCCGGAGUUGGGUACUAUCAACCUACAAGCGUUGUGUAUGGCUAUCAAGAGUGAUCAAGGAAUCCAGAGUUCUGAGGUUGUGAAUGCAUUGAAUACCUUGCUAGUGACCACCUCCGACUCCAAUUAUACAUUUUCAAUCAACGAUUGUAUUGAGUUAUUGGAUUCGUUGUGCAAGUUAGGGGCAGAAGUUUUGCACAAGGUGAUUCACGGAAAACCUUCGGAAAAAGAUGUGGUUGAAGAGGAUGUUACCAAAUUGAAUCCUCAUACUACAAUUGAUGACAUUUUCAGCAAGUAUGUUAGUGGCAAGGGUGAAGAUAUCCUGUACGUUGUAAAUUCAUUAACUGGCGAAUUGAUUUGUGAAGAUGAAGAAGAUGAGGACCAGAUCAAUAAUUUGUUUGACUUGGUCAAUGAAGAUGAGACUGGUACGCCGCAAUCAUUGUCUCCACCACCACCUUCCUUGCAAGUGGAUGGCGAGCCACGGGAGUUUUACAUUGAUGAUUAUUCAACAGCUUUACAAAAUUUCAAACUGGAGAAUAGAAACCAUUUUAGUAAAUUGCAAACGAAAAGUGCAACUAAUGAUCAGGUGUUUUUGAUCGACGAGUUGAUUACGAUUACAAUGAUUUUGAGGAACAUUUCGUUUUCAGAGUUCAAUAAGGAGGUGUUGGCGAAUAAUGGAUUAUUCAAGGACUUGUUGUUUUCAAUAGUCAAGAAUAUUGCCAUGCAUAGAGACAAGUUUAUGUUUAGCAGGAAAAGGUUGUGUUUACUCAAGGAUUGUCUUUUGAUGUUGGAUAAUAUUGCCUACUUUGUACAUUUACGAUCCCUAGAGGAAGCUUUUCUUUCAUUUGUUUUGAUUACCAGUUUUGGACCCGAGAUCAAAGAAGUGUGGACAAUUCCAAGAUGCAAUCUUGAUACUCAUUCCUAUUUUUCAUUUGCAAUUGAUGCAUUUACCAAAUUAUUGGUUCGAGAGCCUUUUAAUAGAUCUUUAUUACAAGCGGUAUUGACGGGAAGUUUAAAUUUGGGAAUGACUACAAGCUACGUCAAUAGUUUUGUUGUUUCACAACACGAUCAAGAGCAUACUAGAAAAUUGAUUAAUUUGUAUUUGGGUGAAAGCGCCAAAGACUUGAAAAAUGGUGUGUUGUUAACAAGAGCGUUUCAACUGUUGAUGAGCAUUGUCCCUUAUGAUGCCAACAGUUUUGAAUUUUCAAAAUUUGUAUUUCUUCGAGCACCAACGAUUUCGCAAAUGUUUUUUGGAGCAAAAUUGAUUAUUGAUAUGGCACCUAUUAAUGACUUGCAUACAUUUUCAGACAAGAUUUCAUUAUAUUGGAUUUUGUAUAAUCGAGAAUUGAUUUUAGGGAAUUUUGUUCGAAUUGUUGUUGCAUUGGCUUCAGAAACUGGCAAAUUCCCCAAAGAAUCACCCGAACAUACAAUUUUAUCAUCAUGUUUGACUAAAGCGUUGAUUGUGGUCAAUUCGUUAGUGGAGAAUGCCGUGGUGGCCAAGAACAUUGAGUAUUCGGGUGAGACUGAUUACAAGAAUGCUGAUUUGAUGAAUCAAUUGACUGAUUGUUAUGCAUUUCCGAGAAUCAUACCUGAUAUUAAUUUGACUUUGGAUACGUUCCUAGCACCAACAAUUGAUAACGAUUUAGGUAAAGAAAUUGUGAGGUUGUUGAGGUAUUUGAAAGAUUUAAAAGCCUGCGAGGGAAUAUAA